AGCUACUUUGUUGUUACCUCUUCCAUGAUCUACUAUCACAGCGUUUCGAUUUUACGGCAUUUUAUUACAUGGUGGUAUAUAUGAGUCAAGGUUCUUCGCAUGUUUAUUGUUCGUUUAUUUCCUAAGGAUGCUCUACGUUUGAUCCUUCUGGAUGAUAAGGGUUUUAAGAUCUAUUGUUGGGUUAAUAGUGACUUUGCGAGCCGUUAUGCUGAGCUCUUGAAGGAAAACUUGUGGUUUUCUAUCACCCAAUUUCGUGUUCUAGCUAACACUGAUUCGGUCCGGCUUACCAAUUGUGCUUUCAUGAUAUCUAUUUUUGGGAUGACUGUCGUUCUUGAUGCCGAUCCACCAGCUGUUGAGCCGUGUAAUGAUUUUACUCUGUUUUGUUCGAUAGUCGACGGAACAGUCAACGAGACUGUCUUGGUUGACGUGAUAGGGGUUUUGUUUGAUGUUGGCAUAUUGGUGAAUAUCGGGACGAAUCCAAUGGAUCUCGAUGGUCUGGGACUAACUUUUCGACGUGCGGUGUUGGAAUUCCAUAAAAACUAUGAUUCAUGUGCUGGUAGGCCUUUGGUUUGUGUUCUACGUCUGUGGAAGGUAGAACGGUACUUUGAUGGUCCAAAGAACGUGAGGAUUGUUAACAGGGGACUCAUUUCAAAGGUUUUACCAUGUCCAUAUGUUCCGGAAGCUGCUGAUUUUCACUCAAUACUAGCGAUAUUCGUCGUUGGAAGGAUACUUUGAUGCAUUAUGAAUUUUGUUAAGUUGUGACUUGUAUUUGUGCCCAUAGAACUGUAAUGUGUUCUUUUAUUUUUGUUUACCGACAAUCUUGAUCUGUAUGACAUUAAACUUAUGAUGUUAAUCAAUUCUUACAGUGUUG